CCAAUUUGCUCCAUUGUGAUCGACAUAAUGGACUCAGUGGGCUGCCACAUCUCCACGGAUUAGGACGUCAAUUGCAAUUAAUUGCACAUCUCUUCAAAAAUGCUCGCUCCGUAUUGGUGUGUGUACUUGUCAGUCAUGAUAGUCGCAGUUUCCGGAGCGCCAGUCGCGCAAAACUCAGAAGGAGAAGACAGCGGCAAAUCGGAUGUUCCUGUCGAACAGUUGGAAAAGUUAAAAUUGGCAGAUACCAGUAAGGAAAUGCUUGAACUGCAAAGAGAACACGUCGAAUACCACGCACUAGAUGCUAUAAAACAAGACGGGGAGGUGGUAUCGAAGUUCGAACAGCACGCGUCAGCUGACAAGGUACCAGGAGAGAAGCCGCAAGUACAUGCGCAGGCGCAGCUCGACAUACCGGCGGCAGGUGUACACAAAGUGGUCGUACAGGAUGGAACGCAUGUCAGCGUGGUGGACGCUACUGCACCUACUACAGUCGCUAGUGAUGAGCAGACUACCAAGGUGUUUCAUGGCGCGGCUCGUCUGGUCCAACCUGGUUCCGCUACGUCCGCCAACAACGCUGCUAACCACGCGGCCAAUCAUCCGCCGAAUCAUUCCGCUGUUCGACGGGCCUACAACAAUGACAUCACCAAGGAGAACAAGAACAAUAUGGAACACUAUUCCUACCCGGGCGUGCAAUACUCGCCUUUGGACAUGGCCGAGUACGUGUUCUGGACGGGCGAUGAACGCGGCGUCACCACCGCCAUUGAAGAUUUUCUACAAGAGGGCAUGAUGACAAAAGAAGAAGCGUUAAAUUUCUUGCAAGAAAUCAAGUUCAACAUUGAAUACUUACGGGCGCAUUACGCGCAGAAUGUCCGAGCGGCGGAGGAGAGCGCGCAGCAGGAGCGCUUGAGGAACAUUCUUUUGGAACCGAAUAACAAGGAGUACCAGUACAGGCCGGCACAGUUCCCGUUUACCAGCGAUGCCCGCAACGCCGGCAAGUCGUGGGAGCUCAACAACAAUCUUCUGCCAGCGUUGUCCCCUACUGACCUCAGGCCUGAACCAAUGAAGCGAUCCUACGAUCCGAUGCUCCAGACUAACAUUAUCAGUACUUCUGAUUAUGAACGCGACGGACAAAUUAUAUCGGAGGAAGAGUACGAAGAGAUGAUGGAAAAGCUUCGAGCCGCUGACAAUCUGUACACGGAGUAUACUCUGGAAGAGAUAAUCUAUCAACUGGCUAAGAUGAUGUUCUCGCAGUCAUUGUCCCGUGAGCCGGCGAGCGCACGCGCAGCCACUCAGCGCUUCAUGGCUUUCCUCGAGCUGGAAGCGGAGCGCGGCCAGUUAUCGCGCACUAUCGAGAAGAAAGUUCUCGACGUAAUGAUCGCGGCGCUGACAGACACCAUUGGAGACCACCCUGAGCUGCUGCAGCAAAGAGACGCGCUCGGCCUCAGCCCUGCUAACAAAGUAAUGCAUCAAUUCCUGGAGUUGGGUACAUCAGAGCCGAGCAUGUCGCGCGCCAUGCUUGCCGCCUACAAGGACGAGCUGCUGAAGGGCCCGCACAAACUGACCUUCCCGGAGAGAAACUAAAUGUUACAUUUAUGUGCCAUUUUACGUAUUUAAUAUAAGCAAAAACAUAUAUGUUUAGUUAUAAUUUAGCUAUCAUUUAUUCUAUAUUUAUAAUAUUCCAACAGCAUAAUGAAAAAAUAGUUGUCCGGUUUCUAUUAUAACUAGAAACAUAUAAUCCCGCCUAAUAUUAUGUGAAGACUUGAUUUCUAUGAAGAUCGAUUUCGGAGGUUUGAAACAAAAAGAUGAGAUGACACUUCAUUAAUCGUUGGUUUCUGAGACCAAAAUCUCUGGAUAAAACAAAUUGGCAUCAAAAUCAUUAUGUCAAAGAAUUAUCUUUGACAGAAUGAUUUUGAUGAUGACAGCUGACUUUGGUCUUUCUUUAUUGUUUCAGAUAAGACAUGUUUAAAUUUCACUCUUCCCUUUUAUAAAUGUUUCCCCUUACAUUUGUAGUGCAAUGCCAAAAAAUAAAUACCGUAGUCUUAGGUACCUGAAUUGAUUAGGAUUUAAGAACUUUUGUAUAUAGUUAAUAAAAAAAUAUAUAUUAAUCUACAAUUCUACACAAUCCAUAUAUGUUUAGAUAAAACUACACGAUUUAUAAAAUUGUGAAAGGAAUUCUUUGGACUUGGGUUAUAUUUGCUUUUAUGCUAAUGGAAAUGCUUUCAAUAAUUAUUGCCAAGAAAAAAAUUUGUAACUUUCGAUACAUGAUAAUGAACAUUCAAAGAAAAAGAAAAAAAAUUAUAAGUCAUUUCAUUGUCUAAAAAAAACGUGAUUUUUUGGAAAAGUAAAACUUUUAAAGUGUUGGUAUAUUCAAAAUUUCAGUAUGAACACUAUUAAAAUUAAAUAAACUUCUCAAUAUUAAAGCAACGUAGUGGCAACAUUUAAUAUAAGUGCUAAACAGCUAUAUAAUAGUUAAUAUUUUAAAGUUAAACAAAAUUAUAUUUAGAGAAAUACUUCAUAUUUUUCUACCAAUCUUCGACUAUAUUGUGCAAUUAACUAUUUUAAUUUAUCAUGUAUUUCAGAUUUUUAUUAAUGACAUAAAUUUUAAGCUUAUUUAAUUCUGCCAAUCGUAAAGAAAUCAAACACAGAGAAAAUUGCAUAAAUAGCAUAUCAGUAACAUAUCAAAUCACUGAAACCUUUUUAAAGCAUUUUAAAACAUGAACAAUGCUUAUCUUAAAUUUAAAUAUCAAAAUCUUGUAAGAUCGUUGGAAGAAAAAAAAUAGUUAAUUGCACGUUACUAUCUUCUCAAAUGUUUAGUAAAAAAUAUAUUUAAAACAAAAUAUAUAAACAUAAUAGAUAUAUUUCCCUAUAAAUCACACUUUAUAUGUUAAGACUUGAUAGUAAAUCAUAACGCAGCAUUGUUUAUUGUA